GGUGGCCUUUUGCAGUUGGCAGAUUGUAAUUUUGUCAAUGUCUAUUGUUUCCAAAUGCCGGCUGAGAUCUUUUGGCACGGCACCCAAUGUGCCCAUCACCACCGGGACCACCUGCACUGGUUUCUGCCAGAAUCUUUGCAGUUAAAUUAUUAUUAUUAUUAUUAUUAUUAUUAUUAUUAUUAUUAUUAUUAUUACAAUCAUGUGCACUUGAUGAGUAAACAUAAUGCUGGUUUAAAUGCAAUUACUUUUCUCAAGUACUUGCUCCAUACCUUUGGCACAUGAAAUAAUUUUCCACAUUAACAUCAAUAUAAGAUAAUUUUUCACAUUAACAUCAAUUUUCUGUCUCUUUCUAUCAGUAUGAAACCUUCCUUCAGGGCAAAUGUGUGGAAACAUCAUAGUUAAUAAUGAACCUUUUUUAGAUCACACACACACUUAUUGUACUACAAUCAAGACAUAGGAAGUAGAAAAAGAGGAGGUGUCAGUCAGAAAGGUAUCUUCUGUAGCAAGUGAGAAUGAAUGCAGUUCAAAAGCCAGCAGUGAACAUGCUAAGAGAAGGAUGACUUUUCUGUGAAUUAAUAAGGAGACUAAAUAUGGGAGGCUUGUGAACUUUAUCACAUAGUGCAAAAAAGCAUUCUCCAUCUUUCUAUGUCGGGGCCAUGACUACUCACUAUGUGACAUUCAAUAUUUGCUUUGAGGAAGCUUCCAUAAAUAGAUCACAGAGCAUUCUAGUACCGUUAUCAAGCCACCACUGCAAAAUCCUGAGUAUUACAGCUCAUGUUGUUUGUUACAAGCUAUGCCACCAAUUCCUUUAACUUAGGUAAGUCUAUCCCAGUCUACCUAUCAAGAAAACUGAAAACACUAGCUCCAGAAGUACUUUAAAAGAAAAUUGUCUCAUUCACUGCCAGCCAAAAUGAUGUAAAUGGCUUCAGGUGACAAACUGCUUUAUCAAUUGUAGGUACUUAGCUGUGAAAAAAUAAAAGGGUGGGGGUGAGAUCUGUUUGCAUUAGUCUCCUGUUGUCCAGUCUUGAUGCUCGUAAAACUGUUUAAACAGAACCUUAGCAGGUACGCUGAAAAUACGACCCUGCGAUUUUUCUGUGCCUCUCUGAACAGGAACAUUAAGUCAGCGAGCAGUGAGAUCAACCAGGUUGGCUCGACCUGCUCACCAACAGCCAUGCCCCACGUUACAGUGUGCAACCGGCCACUCAACUGGACUUUGACCUUAGUGCUGGGGUAUCUUUUUUACCUUCUUCUGGGGGCUAUGGUGUUUCAGCUGCUAGAAAGGCAGGCAGAAACCAAAACUCGGGACCGGUUCCAAAUUGAGAAACUCAAGUUCCUCCAGAACUACACAUGCUUGGAUCGACAAGCCCUGGAGCAGUUUGUGCAGGUCAUUAUGGAAGCUUGGGAGAAAGGCAUAAAUCCUGAAGGAAACUCUACUAAUCCCAGCAAUUGGGAUUUCAGCAAUAGUUUCUUCUUUGCUGGAACUGUUGUCACCACCAUAGGUUAUGGGAACCUAGCCCCCAGCACAGUGCCUGGGCAAGUGUUCUGUGUAUUUUAUGCCUUGUUUGGGGUGCCCCUUAACCUGGCAUUUCUCAAUCAGCUGGGGAAAGGGCUCAGUGCUCAUCUCAUCAAUCUGGAGACAUGGUUCCAUAAACCAGGCCGAGCUCGGGUGAUUCAGAUCCUGACAAUGGGGUUGUUUCUGAUGGCUGGGACUCUGCUUUUUCUGGUUUUCCCUCCAAUGAUCUUUAGUUAUGUGGAAGGCUGGAGUUAUGGAGAAGGCUUCUACUUUACUUUCAUCACCCUCAGCACUAUUGGAUUUGGAGACUACGUAGUAGGCACCGAUCCAAAUAAACACUAUAUCACCGUGUAUAGAAGCCUGGCAGCAAUAUGGAUUAUUUUUGGCUUGGCCUGGCUUGCUCUGAUCUUCAACCUGGGAGCUAACGUGAUCGAAAAAUUUGUCCAGCUCAACUGGCAAAAUCAUGACAUGGGCACUGGAGAGACAGCCGUCGCCAAAACAGAGGAUAAUCCUGACCCACACAGGAUCCAUAUCCCCAGCUGAGAGUGGCUAAUGGAAGGGAGAAAAACUGUCAUGUCCUCUCCCUCAUGGUUAUAAAGCAAGGUUUAUGGGUAAGAUAGACAGCAUCAUAUGAGGGGAAAGAAAUGUUUUAACCAGAAGGGAAGAUGCUUUUUAGUGUAUAGAAAACAAUGUAAGAUGAACUUAAAGUGUAGUUGCCUCAUGCUCUUCUGCAAACACCACUUUGGCCUGCCAUUAUCUCCUGUGGUUCAGAUUUACUUUGGCUAUUGGGAAGACACAGACCACAUCAUCCUUGUUGUCAAACUCUGUAGAAAUCCAUUUUCCCUCCAAACCUGAAAUGAAGGAAAAUAAGAAACCAUCACCUCUGUGGGCUUCCUUGUUUUGCUCAAAGCAAACUCUAGUCUGAAACCUCUUAAACCUUUUUGCCUUUUGGAAUACAUCAAGCUCAUUACCAAUUGAGAAAGAAUUUGCAGGCAAGUAAUAGCUCCAUCCCCAGAUCUCAAUAAUGGCCUAUUUUUUCCAUUACUGAACAACAUGCUGUUUGCCUCGGUCAUCUGGGCCUGUAGUACUGGUAGCAGCAACAGUUGACACAAGCCCUGUUCCAAACAGAUGGACCUCUGAACACUUGAUGUGUCAUUUAAGGCCAUGUUGUCUCAAGUUACAUUUGGGGGGCAGCAUGGUGAAAGCAUGACUGGGGUCACAAGGAAACACAAAACACAUCAGUUAUCUCUGGUUUGUGUAAUCACCAACCAUCUUCAAACUGGUUCCAGAAUUUCCUAUGUAAUCAUCUGCACAGUGAAAUCAACUUUUUUCAAUCCCGGUUUGAAACUGAUUCAAGUGGUCAUUGUAGUUGUGCCAAUUGUGCCAUCUCUCCCAAUUGCAGAGAUGCAGUAAAAGAAAGAAUCAGGUAUGAUAUAUGUGUACUUGAAGAAGAUUGCAUGAGAGUGAAUAUGCACAAAAGGAUUUCUGGCAGGAGCGCAGGGAGGAGCACCCAUGGAUUGCCUACUGCUGUCAUGUGGCCUUCACAGUGUCUCCAUGGACCAAAAGGCAGUUCUAUAUUUGUAUAUAAACAGUUAAAGAACAUUAACAACAUUUUAGCAUCAUGCUAUACAGCACAAAGCACUGUUUUUUUUAAAUUGCCAUUUAUAAAGGAAGGUUCAAAUGUCAAAUUCUUUGUUUUGACAUCAUCCACACAUAAGCAAUUUACUUUCAUUUGCUUGUCAUCAAGUGUAGUGCCACCACUUCUCCUUCUCCUGGACUAUGUUUUAAAGAUACUGAAAUUACUUUAUAUAGAGAUCAAUGAAGUAAAAUGUAGUCCUCUUCAACAGGCAAGUUAAUAUACAACGCAGGUUGUUGAAAAACGCAAUCACCCUUGAACGAUGUAAAAAAUAAAAACACCUUGUUCCCAUUAUUUCUUAAGUCUGACAGAACAACUUUUAUUAAUGAUGUACUUCAUUUGUUUAUUGUAUUUGUAUCCCACCUUCUUCCUAAUACAGGGAUUGAAGUAAAUUCAGUUACUAUGAAUAUUUAACUGAUUGAGCUGAUCUAUCAUUUGUUUAAAUUGCUUUGAUUGUCUUUAUAUAUCUGUGACUCAUCUUUGAAAUCAUUUCUUCUAUUCUGUCCUCUAUUUUUAAUAUCAAUAACACAACUACCUCCUUUGGAA